CAGUGGGCGCCGCCGGAAGUGGGAGGGGGCGCUUCCGGCAGAGCGGUGGCAGCGCGGCCCGCCGGGAGUUGUAUGGCGGAUAGCGUUCACACCGCCUCCCGCCAUGUCCGUGGUGCCGCCCAACCGCUCGCAGACCGGCUGGCCCCGCGGGGUGAACCAGUUCGGGAACAAGUACAUCCAGCAGACCAAGCCGCUGACGCUAGAGAGGACCAUCAACCUGUAUCCUCUCACCAAUUACACAUUUGGCACAAAGGAGCCCCUUUAUGAGAAGGACAGUUCAGUGGCUGCUCGGUUCCAGCGCAUGAGAGAAGAGUUUGACAAAAUUGGCAUGAGGAGGACUGUGGAAGGGGUUCUGAUAGUGCACGAGCACCGACUGCCCCACGUGUUAUUACUGCAGCUGGGGACAACUUUCUUCAAGCUACCUGGUGGUGAACUCAAUCCAGGAGAAGAUGAGGUAGAAGGGCUCAAACGCUUAAUGACAGAGAUCCUGGGCCGUCAGGAUGGCGUCCAGCAGGACUGGGUGAUUGAUGACUGCAUUGGUAACUGGUGGAGACCAAACUUUGAACCUCCACAGUACCCCUAUAUCCCAGCUCACAUUACUAAACCAAAAGAGCACAAGAAACUUUUCUUAGUCCAGCUUCAAGAAAAGGCUUUGUUUGCAGUCCCCAAAAAUUACAAGCUGGUAGCUGCACCGUUGUUUGAGCUCUAUGACAAUGCACCAGGAUACGGACCCAUUAUUUCCAGCCUUCCUCAGCUUUUGAGCAGGUUCAACUUUAUUUACAACUGAGUUCCUGUACACCUGAGGAGUCUGAUAGAAGAAGCCGUCUCUGUGAGCACAGCUUUAUGAUGUAGAAAAAAAGAACGUGUGACUCCAGGAUUUCAUUUUUGUUCUUUUCCCAAGAGCCACUAAGAUUCUAUUGUAUGAAUAGAGAAGUGAAUCUCAGCUGUUUAGGUAGCGGGAUGGCAGUGUGAUAUCAGUGAUUUAAUCACUUUUCAUUGUAAUACUCACCAAUUUUUUUUGUACAACAUUAAACAAAAUGGAACCGA